GGGCUCUGGUCAGGAAGGUUCUUUGCUGCAGUUUUAAGAGCAGUACUUUGGGGCAAGGCCAGGAGGUUUCUUGCAGGAUCACCUGCUCCUGGAGCUCCUCUGCUUCUGUGGCCUGUGACUCAGAGCCUUCUGGCUGCUGCAAAAGGAGCAGUUUCACUCCACAGCUGAAGCUGUCAGCAGAGAGGACGAGAAGUUGACCACUGAGAGCAUGUGUGUGUGUGUGAAUGCCUUGGCAUGGGUUGUACUCACAGCAGGAAGCCUCUCCCCAUGAAGCACGUGCUGGGCUUUGCCAGGCUUCCAUCAUAGGUGCAAAGUGGGUCAGCACGGUGGGAGCGUGGCUGUGCUCCCAGUGACCUCUCCAGCAGGCACAGGUGGCCUCUUGCUGACCUGUUGCUCUGUGCUGCUGCCCAGGGAGCCACUCUCCCUCCCAGCCCAGCUUUGGAGCCUGUGUUGGCUUUGCUGCUGUUCUCUGUAAAUGCUGUGCUUUAGUCUGGUGUUGGGCACUUUCUCUGCAAGGAGGUUUAACCUUCACCAGAACAAAGCUCACCCCUUUCAUUAGUGGGGGAUGUUCCUGUGCAGCUCUGCUGUAGGUGGAUCUUUCAGUGAGAUGUUGCAAUCAAAUUGGUUCCCUGUCAGCCCAGAUGAUCUGGUUGUACUCCCAGGGCUGGCCAUGCCUCAGAGCAGCUGGAAUAUUCAUGUUCUCUCCAGGUGCUGGCCUUUGUGCCAGCUGCUCAUGGCUUUUCUCAGAAGUGAUUCUUGUUUGAAUUAAGUCAGGUUUGUAUCCAGGUAGGGUUAAGGAUUGGCCAAAACCUGCCUGUGGGACAGCACCUCAGAUUAAUUAGCAGGAGGGUCACUCUUGAGCUUGUGGAAGGUGGUUUUUGGGGUGGGGAUGAGUGUGGUUGGUCUCAGAAGCAAUUACAAGGCUGUGCAAAAGACCUUGCUAUUAUACCAGGGCAAUGUUAUUUUCUAUCCAAAUUAAAACUGGCAUAAAUAUUAGGUCUUAUUUUGCUUUCCAGCUUCAGCAAAAUGCUGAAGAGGGUAAGCAUUUCAAGGCUGAAAUAUGGCCCAGAAACUGCUUUGUUCAUUAUGUCUAUUGAAAUAGGCAGGACAAUUAGAGGUGAGUUUAUCUAGCAGCAUAGAAGGUAUUUCAACCUAAAACACGGUUUGUUUCCACUCUUGCUUUCUGUCAAUUCCCCUUCACAAAGGUUUGAAAUACAUUCAGUUUCCUAUAAAUACAGCAAAGGAUCUCAUGUUUCUUUUUGUGAUCUCCUAGCUAGGUCAAGUUCCCAGGUGAAUGGAAGAGAUAGAAUAGUUAACCUUGAGGGCUUUAUGGAAAAAUGUGUUUAGGAGAAGGCAAUGAAAGGAAGAUGGAGAUGGCAAGUGGGAUGGCUUUUUUCCUCUGGGCUAUUUAUUAUUCAGCUGAAGCUGAAAUCAUGCACAUUUAGGCAUCCUGGUGAAAGGUCGGGAGGAAUUUAUUUAAUACUUGAAGAGUAAAAUGAAAUUAAGCAUGUGUGGCAGAAGAGGUGAUCUGCAUGACAAACACAUGUGAUCAGAAGUAGCUUUGUUAACAAGAACCGGAUGUGUGGGGGAAUGGAAGGUUCACUCAGAAAACAAGCAGUGAAGCCACAGCAUCAUCUGAGUGUGAGGCAGGCAGAGAUGGUGUCCCUGCCCCAUCCCUCUGUGCUCCAUGCUGCUGUGAGUGCUCCUUGUCUCUGCUGCAGGAAGGGAAAGGACCAGUUUGACAACUUAGAAAAACACACGCAGUGGGGUAUUGAUGUUCUGGAAAAGUACAUCAAGUUUGUAAAAGAGAGGACAGAGAUUGAACUCAGCUAUGCAAAGCAGCUUAGGAAUCUUUCAAAGAAAUACCAACCCAAGAAGAACUCCAAAGAGGAGGAGGAAUACAGGUACACAUCAACUAGAGCCUUCCUAGCCACUUUAAAUGAGAUGAAUGACUAUGCUGGACAGCACGAGGUGAUUUCAGAGAACAUGACCUCUCUGAUCACUGCAGAGUUAACACGCUACGUGCAGGAGCUGAAGCAGGAGAGGAAAUCGCACUUCCAUGAUGGCAGAAAGGCACAACAACACAUUGAAACUUGCUGGAAACAGCUUGAAGCAAGUAAAAGGCGGUUUGAACGUGACUGCAAAGAAGCUGAUCGAGCUCAGCAGUAUUUUGAGAAAAUGGAUGCUGACAUCAAUGUGACAAAAGCAGAUGUUGAAAAGGCAAGACAGCAAGCCCAGCUGAGACAUCAGAUGGCAGAAGACAGCAAAGCUGAAUAUUCUUCCACCCUACAGAAGUUCAACAGUGAGCAGCAUGAACAUUACUACACACACAUACCAAACAUCUUCCAGAAAAUACAGGAGAUGGAGGAAAGGAGAAUCGUGAGGAUAGGUGAAUCCAUGAAAACCUUUGCAGAAGUCGACCGCCAGGUGAUCCCCAUCAUUGGGAAGUGUCUGGAUGAGAUAACAAAGGCUGCAGAGUCAGUGGAUCACAAGAAUGAUUCCCAGAUGGUAAUAGAAGCCUUUAAAUCAGGGUUUGAGCCUCCAGGAGAUGUGGAAUUUGAGGAUUUCACACAGCCCAUGAAGAGGACAGUGUCUGAAUCCAGCCUUUCCAACUCCAGAGGGGAUGGGAAGUCAGAGCCCAAGUUUGGUAGCAAAUCCAAGGGCAAGUUGUGGCCAUUCAUCAAGAAAAAUAAGCUUAUGUCCCUUUUAACAUCCCCCCAUCAGCCCCCUCCUCCUCCCCCUGCCUCUGCCUCACCCUCUGCUGUUCCCAACGGCCCCCAGUCUCCCAAGCAGCAAAAGGAACCCCUCUCCCAUCGCUUCAACGAGUUCAUGACCUCCAAACCCAAAAUCCACUGCUUCAGGAGCCUAAAGCGUGGGCUUUCUCUCAAGCUGGGAGCAGGCCCAGAAGACUUCAGCAAUCUCCCACCUGAGCAAAGAAGAAAGAAACUUCAGCAAAAGGUCGAUGAACUAAACAGGGACAUUCAGAAAGAGAUGGAUUCAAGAGAUGCCUUAACAAAGAUGAAAGAUGUGUACAUCAAGAACCCCCAGAUGGGAGAUGCAGCGAGCGUGGACCAGAGACUGGCAGAGCUUGGGCAGAACAUUGAGAAGCUGCGGUUAGAAGUUCAGAAAUUCGAGGGCUGGCUGGCAGAGGUGGAGGGGCGGCUGCCGGCGCGGACGGAGCAGCCGCGGCGCCAGAGCGGAGUGUACGAGGCACAGAACCCGUCAGGAGUGAACAGCUGUGCCCAGGACAGGGAGAGCAGCCCCGAUGGCAGUUACACAGAAGAGCAAAGCCAGGAGACUGAGAUGAAAAUACCUGCAACAGACUUUGAUGAUGAGUUUGAUGAUGAAGAACCACUACCCACCAUAGGAACAUGUAAAGCUCUCUAUACAUUUGAAGGCCAGAAUGAAGGAACAAUCUCUGUAGCAGAAGGAGAGCUGCUGUAUGUGAUAGAAGAGGACAAGGGUGACGGGUGGACGCGAAUCCGAAGGAACGAAGAUGAGGAGGGCUAUGUCCCCACGUCCUAUGUUGAAGUCUAUUUGGACAAAAAUGCCAAAGAUUCCUAAAGGUGUUUGUGCUGGUGCAAGAACCUCGGGGCGAGCUUGUCACAGAAGGAGAAACACAAUGGUCUGUUUACCCUGCAGGCAGUUAAAACACACCCAUGGAAAGCCAGACUCCCAGUCUUGUCUGGAGUUCCCACUUGAAAAAUUCAGACCUAAAUUCCAUCCCAGUACCAUUCAGAUGCUUGCUCUUUUCCAUGGCAUGCUACUUGUGGCUCAGAUUUCCUUAUCAGCCUCUCCCACUCUUCUGCCAGCCUGGCACAGCCCCUCUGUCAAACAUCACACACACUUCUCCCAACCCAAUCCCUCCCAGCUUCUGUCAGGGAACUGCUGGCUGCCCUUGGAUCAGGGGUAGCCAGAGAGUCCCAAGCAUGUUCUGGUCUGUCUUCUGUCCCCUUGUCCCUCAGUCCAUCUGGGUGCACACUCUGGUCCAUCAGCAUUUCACACAGUGCCUUUAGUGCUAAACCUGCAGCUCCUCUCAGCAGGGAGCGUGGAAAGGAGGAGAAAACCUCCCCUGGGAACAGUGUCACAGCAGCUGGACUGGGCUCUGUCAAUAUUAAACCUGAUCCACAUCCACCAUUCAACAUUCUGCCUUCCCCAAAAGGUCACUAAUACUUGUCAGCCUUUAUUUCUCUCUCUUCAAAUCCAGGCUGAUGCUCAUUCCAAGUAUUAAACCCCUCUGACCCUGCUGUUUCCUGAAACCCUUCAAGCUCACGUAUGUACUUGUUUUCCUGCUUGUUCUCUCUGCCCCCUCCUGUGUCCCUGCUGUUCUCACACACACACAGACACACACAGACACAGACAGUGGCAUUUUGGUUGGCAGCCCUUGCUGCUGCUCCCAGGCCUGUUUGGCUCUGGUUUCAGCCUGCAUGCUCGCCCUGUUGCCUUGCCUGCGCCCACCUUCCUCAGGGUCACCUGAUUUUGUGGCUCAUGGUUUAAUCUCUCUGCAGUUUUCUUUUGGUUGGUUUGUUUUUCAGCAUUUCAGACCUGCCUUCUCUUUUUGCAUGACCUCCUGUGCGUUCUCAUCAGUUCAUGUUGGAAUAAUGGAGUUUUUUUAGAUGAAUAAAAGAGGAAAGGAAAAAAAAAGAAACAGCACUGUUUCCUUCUCCCAUCUUGUCAUGGACUGGACCUGGACCCAGCAGCCAGACAGGAAUUGUGACCACCCUGUUCUCACAUGGUUGGUUUGAAGCAGAAGUAGGAUAAGUGAUUCUGCACUUUAUCAUGUCAUACAGUGGUAAGAGAGCUACAAUAUCUCCAAAAAUCACAUGAUCUGGACUUCAACUGCCUAAUAAAGGGUCAAUUUCCUCUCUAAACUUCUAUAAACUUGUAUAUUCUAACUUGGUUUCCCCUGCAUUGUUACCAUUGUUUGGGUUUUACAGUCAUGGUCAUUUUGAGCCCUGCAAGGGUCAGUUUCCACUUGAGGGCCAAAUCUAUUCAUGGAUCCACACCUCUUUUGUGGGAAUCUACUGGCUCUAAUCCAACUCCAGCAUGUUCUGUACAAUCCCCACAAGUUGAGAAAUUUUACAUGGAAGCCACUAUGGGCAGUGACCCCAAACUGAAACCUCAGGGUUUGUUUGCAGGCAGGUGAGUGUUGUUUUGCUGCCUGCUGGGCUGUCCUGCAGGGUCAGCACAUCAAAACACAUCCCAGAAUCUCAGACUCUCCAUGUUGGGGAUGAAGUGAUUUUUGUGCUGGGUUAUGUGUGGUGUUCAUAAUUCUGUCCCCUUCUCUCCAUUUAAGAUACCAACUUUUGUUUUUACAAAGUUCCUUGGUGCUACAGUUCAUCCUGUAGCUGUUGUGUGAUUGGUGCUUAAGAGUUGCCAGCAUGAAUCAGCAGAAGGUUUGUGAUUUAAACCCAACCCAGAUGUGCUGAGCACAGGCAGCUCCAAUGCUGGGGCUGUGCUGUGCAGCACUGGAGGGUCAGAAUCCCUAAAUCACUGCCUUACCACUGCUGCUGCUGUGCUCACUGAGCUGUUCAGAUCAAGGCAGAAUGGGAUCCCCAUGGUUGGCACCUGUGGCUUUGUGGUCUCCACCUGCCAGGGGAUCUAAAGGGUUGAACAAUUAACAGGUGUGCAAAAAUAUCCUUACAAUAUUUUUAGCUGCAGUAUUUUUAUUCUCAUGUCCAAUGCACUGUUGAAUCAGCAGCUAAGAAUUCAUUUUCACCUCUUGUUGUGCCAUCUAUGUAAAAAUUAGAUCAAAGUUUGCUUUUCUAUAUUUAAUCUGGGUGGACAGUAUAUUAUUGUCAGCCUCUGUGGAAUAUUGGAACAAUUGCAAUGUCUGUGUUUCUAAAUUGUGCUGUAGAAGGAGCAUUAGCUUUAGCUGACUGAUUGAUCCCUGAUUUAAUAAGUUUUAUUAAAAGACCAUGUAUGGAGUUUUUAUAAACUUGGCAAGUAGUUCCCAAAAAGCCUGGAUCAUAAAACUUAUUCAAGAAAUAGUGACAGUCAUAUCUCAUAGUCUGCACACGUUUAUUCUGCUGCCAUUAUUCAGGGUAAUGAAUAAUUUUUGUAGAAUUUACCUUUAGCAAAUGCUGAAGAACUAAAUAUGUGACUGGUUUAUAAAAACUCUGCUUGGAUUUACUAAUCUUGCCCAGCAGCGUGGACUGUACUUCCCAUGAAAUUUCAUCAUCCCCAGCAAAAGUCUCUAAUGCCCUUUCUUAACACCUGUAAAUAGAGAAAAAACAUAUUUACUGAUACUCAAAGUUGUGUUUAAUGCUGAGUAUUUUUCAGAAGUUCAUUUAGUUUGAUGCAUAUUGCUCUUUGGUUUUUUUUUGUUUUCCUGCCUGAAAUGUCAGAAGACCUAAAAGAAGCCAAAUUCUAUUUUAACAUGAUGAUGUCGAGCACUUUUUUAUUUGUAUAUGUGUGUGUAUGUGUGUUUGAGCACUGAUCUCGGUGGCAUCUCAGUGUUGUGAUUUCAUUGCCAAUGUAAAAGGUUCUGGUGUUGCCCAUUCAUUUCUGGAGACAGAAUUCAACCAAAUAAAGUGCUUCCAUUGGAAAGCGAAUAUUGACCUUGUAGCAAUGAAACCAAGUCAUCUGCAUAUUUAAAUAAACAUUUAAUUCCAGAAA